AUGAAAUCUUACAAAGUCCUCCCCCUGGCUUCUUUCUUCCUUUCCCUGAUGCUUUUUCAUCAAGCCUGGGCUCAGUUUCCACGAGAGUGUACCAGUGUUGCAGCUCUGAGAAGUAGAGAGUGUUGCCCAGAUCUGUCUCCUUCCUCUGGACCUGGGACUGACCCCUGUGGCUCAUCUUCAGGAAGGGGAAGGUGUGAGUCUGUGACCGCAGACUCCCGGCCUCACAGCCCCCAUUACCCCCACGAUGGCAAAGAUGACCGAGAGGGCUGGCCUCUUAAGUUCUUCAAUAGGACAUGUCAGUGCAAUGGCAAUUUCUCAGGACACAAUUGUGGGACCUGCCGUCCUGGGUGGAGAGGAGCUGCAUGCGACCAGAAAAUUCUCGUAGUCAGGAGAAAUCUUUUUGACUUAAGUACAGAAGAAAGAAGCCACUUUGUGAGAGCCUUGGAUAUGGCAAAGCGCACAACGCAUCCUCAAUUUGUCAUUGCCACAAGGAGGUCAGAAGACAUACUGGGACCAGAUGGCAACACACCACAGUUCGAGAACAUUUCCAUCUACAACUACUUUGUUUGGACACACUAUUAUUCCGUCAAAAAAACUUUCCUUGGGGUAGGGCAGGAAAGCUUUGGUGAUGUGGAUUUCUCUCAUGAAGGACCAGCUUUUCUCACGUGGCACAGGUACCAUCUGCUGCAGCUGGAGAGAGACAUGCAGGAGAUGCUGCAGGAGCCUUCUUUCUCCCUUCCUUAUUGGAAUUUUGCAACUGGGAAAAACGUCUGUGAUAUUUGCACCGAUGACUUAAUGGGAUCCAGAAGCAGCUUUGAUUCUACUCUUAUAAACCCCAACUCUGUCUUUUCUCAAUGGAGAGUGGUCUGCGAGUCUUUAGAAGAUUACGACACCCUGGGAACACUUUGCAACAGCACUGAGGGUGGGCCCAUCAGGAGAAACCCAGCUGGGAACGUGGGGAGACCAGCAGUGCAGCGUCUUCCUGCGCCACGGGACGUCACCCAGUGCUUGGAGGUUGGUGUGUUUGACACACCUCCUUUUUAUUCCAAUUCUACAAACAGUUUUCGAAACACAGUGGAAGGUUACAGUGAUCCCACCGGGAAAUAUGACCCUGCUGUUCGAAGCCUUCACAACCUGGCCCACCUCUUCCUGAACGGAACAGGAGGACAAACCCAUCUGUCUCCCAAUGAUCCGAUUUUUGUCCUCCUGCAUACUUUCACUGAUGCAGUCUUUGAUGAAUGGCUGAGGAGGUAUAACGCCGAUAUUUCUAUCUUCCCAUUGGAAAAUGCUCCCAUUGGACAUAACAGGCAAUAUAACAUGGUACCAUUCUGGCCUCCAGUUACCAACACAGAGAUGUUUGUUACUGCUUCUGACAACUUGGGAUAUGCCUAUGAAGUUCAAUGGCCAGGUCAGGAGUUCACUAUUUCUGAAAUCAUUACGAUUGCUGUAGUGGCUGGACUGUUACUUGUGGCUGUCAUUUUUGUGGGAGUUUCCUGUCUGAUCCGUUCUAGAAGCACCAAGAAUGAAGCCAAUCAGCCUCUCCUCACUGAUCACUACCAACGCUAUGCUGAGGAAUACGAGGAGCUCCCAAAUCCUAAUCAGUCCAUGGUCUGA